GGACAUUCACAACCAUGCCUUCUCUCACAUCUUAUAUCCUUGCUUCGGCGGGAGCCUCUCUGGUGAAUGCACAGUUUGGCAACUUCGGUUCGCCAUUCCCAAACACAACAUAUCCUGGAUUCGAAUCCGAGAACCCUUACACUAUCGAGGGCUCAAAGAGCUUCCAAUGGAGUCCUCCCAAGUACCCUAGUCCCUGGGGUGAGGGUUCUGGUGACUGGAAAGAGUCCUACGCAAAGGCUCGUGCCCUUGUUUCACAACUGACCCUCGAAGAGAAGGUCAAUCUCACCAGCGGUGGCAACUGUGUCGGCCAAACCGGAAGUGUGCCUCGCCAUGGAAUCAACGGCCUCUGCCUUCAAGACAGCCCCGUUGGUGUUCGUUUGACAGAUGGAAACAGCGUUUUCCCAGCAGGCGUAAAUGUCGCUGCUACAUGGGACCGUGGAGUCGCCUACGCCCGUGGACGCGGCAUGGGUCAGGAGCACUACGGCAAGGGUGUUGACAUGCAGCUCGGCCCUGUUGCCGGUCCCCUUGGUCGCGCUCCUGCCGGCGGUCGCAACUGGGAAGGAUUUUCGCCAGACCCUUACCUUACUGGUCUCAUGUUCGCCGAAUCCAUCAAGGGUAUCCAGAGCGCCGGUGUCAUGACCAGCGCUAAGCACUUCAUCGCUUAUGAGCAGGAGCAUUUCCGUCAAUCGCAGGAGGCCAAGAACUGGGGCUUCAACGUCACUGAGAGUGUCACUGCCAACUUGGACGAUGUCACUUUGCACGAGCUUUACCUUUGGCCAUUCGCCGACGGUAUCAGAGCAGGUGCUACUUCAAUCAUGUGUUCUUACAACCAGGUCAAUGGAUCUCAGUCUUGCCAGAACAGCUACAUCCUCAACCAUGUCUUGAAGAACGAGCUUGGCUUUCAGGGAUUCGUCGUCAGUGACUGGUAUGGUACGCACUCUGGCGUGUCGAGUAUCCUUGCUGGUCUCGAUAUGAGCAUGCCUGGUGACCCCGUGCAAGAAUUUGGCAACCACGGAGGCGCCAUGUUCGGUUCCAACUUGACCAUCGCUGUUGUCAACGGAACCGUUCCCCAGUGGAGAUUGGACGAUGCUGCUGUCCGCAUUCUCGCCGCUUGGUACUAUGUUGGCCGUGACAAGAACGAGGUUCCUGUUUCCUUCAACUCUUACUCUCUCGACACCUACGGCUAUUCGCACAAUGCCGUUGGUCAAGGCUACGGUUUGAUCAACCAGCACAUCGAUGUCCGUGCUGAUCACAGCAAGCUCAUCCGCGAGAUCGGCUCUGCCUCUACUGUUCUGCUCAAAAACGUCAACAACGCUCUCCNNCCCCUUACAGGCAAGGAGAAGUUCACUGCCGUCCUCGGUGAGGAUGCUUUCGAAGACGUCAAUGGUCCCAACGGCUUCAGCGACCGUGCUGGCGACUCUGGUACUCUCGGCAUGGCCUGGGGCUCUGGAUCUGCCAACUUCCCCUUCUUGGUCACUCCUGAUACUGCCAUCCAGAACGAAGUUGUUGGAAAGAACAACGGUCUCUACCAAUCUCUCAGCAACAACUCCAACCUUGAUCAGGCCUUCUCUUUGGCUAAGCAAGCUGAAGUCGCAAUUGGCUAUCUCGAGGUUGACAACAACUUCGGUGACCGCAACAACCUCACUUUCUGGCAGGGUGCUGACGAGCUCGUUGCCAAUGUCUCGGCUACUUGCAACAACACUAUUCUCGUUAUCCAUUCAGUCGGCCCUGUCCUGAUCGAGGAAUACGCCAACAACCCUAACAUCACCGCCAUUCUUUGGGCUGGUGUUCCCGGUGAACAGUCUGGUAACUCCAUUGCUGAUAUCCUUUACGGUCGCGUCAACCCUGGUGCCAAGCUUCCCUUCACCAUGGCUGCCAAGCGAUCAGACUACGGCACCGAUAUUCUUUACACUCCCAACGACAAGAUUCCUCAGACCAAUUUCAAGGAGGGUAUCUUCAUUGAUUACAGAGCCUUCGAUAAGCAGGAGAUUGAGCCUGUCUACGAGUUCGGCUUCGGUCUUUCCUACACCAACUUUACUUACAGCGACUUGAAGGUUCAAAAGUUGAACACCAGCGCUUACGCUCCUACCACUGGCAUGACUCCUGCUGCUCAAACCUACGGUAACGUCAGCAUGAACGCUGCUGACCACGUUUUUCCCGGCAACUUCUCGCGUGUUCCUCUAUACCUCUACCCCUGGAUCAAUUCGACCAACCUGUCCUCCGCUGCUGGCCAGUCUCAAUACGCGCCUUACGGCGACAACAGCUUCGUCCCUGAGGGCGCUCUCGACUCUUCUCCUCAGCCCCGUCUUCCUGCUUCCGGUCCUUCCGGUGGUAAUCCCGCUCUCUGGGAUGUCAUCUACCGCGUCACUGCCCAGAUCAAGAACGUUGGAAAGAUCGCCGGUGAUGAGGUUCCUCAGCUCUACGUCUCCCUUGGUGGCCCCUACGAUGCUGUCAAGAUGCUCAGAGGUUUCGAGAGAUUGAGCAUCCAGCCCAACCAGACCGUCACUUUCUCGGCCGACAUCAUGAGAAGAGACGUAAUGAACUGGAGCCCCGAGGCCCAAGAUUGGUUCGUCAGCAACUACACCAAGAACGUGUAUGUUGGUAGCAGUUCGAGAAACCUUCCCCUCACUGCUCAGCUCGCU